CUUAUUAACUCAUUCUCCUUGUUCCUUAAUCAUCAUCAUCACUCUCCUCUCUCUCCUUCUCUUGUGAUCAUCUCUUUAGCUCUUUGCUUAGAUCCUUGUUGAAUUAUUCUCUCACCAUAGUCAUCCUUGACCCUCCCAAAAGAAAAAAAAAACUAGUCCCAAAUUCUCAACCUUUGUAAAAUCCAAGAUUUUCACACAUAGAAAAAAGGGAUAAAAUCAAAGAUCCUUUUUCCCCAUAGUUUUAAUCUGUCCUUUAGACUUCAAGAAUUCAUUUUCCACUAGACAAAAACCCUAUCUUUGAGCUAGUUUCCUAAUUAACAUGGCAAACCCAUGGUGGACAGGCCAAGUAGGUUUACAAGGAGUUGAAACAUCAUCAUCAGCUGGUUCACCAUCUCUUAAGAAACCAGAUCUAGGUGUAUCUAUGAACGAUAACAGUGGUGGUAGUGGUAGUCAUGACGAAGAUAGGGACCAUAGUGAUGACCCCAAAGAGGGUGCAGUUGAAGUAGCCACUCGUCGACCCAGAGGUCGACCAGCUGGCUCAAAAAACAAACCCAAACCUCCCAUCUUUGUGACGAGGGAUAGUCCUAACGCACUUAGAAGCCAUGUUAUGGAAGUUGCUAAUGGAGCUGAUGUAGCUGAAAGCAUAGCACAGUUUGCUAGGAAAAGACAAAGAGGUGUUUGUGUAUUGAGUGCUACUGGAACUGUUACUAAUGUAACCCUAAGACAACCUUCUGCUCCUGGAGCUGUCAUGGCAUUACACGGGCGUUUUGAGAUCUUAUCGUUGACUGGCGCUUUUCUCCCUGGACCUGCUCCUCCUGGAUCAACAGGUUUGACUAUAUACCUAGCAGGAGGACAAGGGCAAGUUGUAGGAGGAAGUGUAGUAGGGUCAUUAGUGGCAUCCGGACCAGUUAUGGUAAUUGCAUCAACUUUUUCUAAUGCUACAUAUGAGAGGCUACCACUGGAGGAGGAAGAAGAAGGCGGUGGACCGGCAGCACAAGGACAACUUGGUGGUGGUGGAUCGCCACCGGGAAUCGUAGGAGGUGGUGGUGGCGGAGCACAUCAACAAGGUGGUGGUGGUGGUAUGGGUGACAUUCCAUCAUCAAAUAUGCCAGUAUAUAAUUUGCCACCAAAUUUGCUACCAAAUGGUGGACAAUUGAACCAUGAAGCAUUUGCUUGGGCACAUGGACGCCCUCCUUUUUAAUUUAGAGGUCAUUCUGUUCUAUAAACAUCUCAUGACUGAAUGAUUCACUUUUAAGUUUGGUUGCUAGGUAAGUUAGACACUAUUCUAGGACGUGGAUCGAUCAUGAUUUAUAUUUAGUAACAAUCCAACUUUAAAAUGUCUAUUUUAUCCUUAAUGAAAUGAUUUAUAACCACACAAAUAACUAUGACUUAUUUAAACAACAAGUUUCAAAAGUCUUUAUUUCUUUUUUAAACCACUUAUUAUGUCAAAACUAGUUCAUAUAAAUUGAAAUGGAAAAAAUAAAUAUUAACCUUCGAAAAAUCAACAUGAAAGUAUAAAUAAUAUAUAAAGAUAUGUAGCCCUCCUCCCUCUCUCUAUUUUAGAUCUGAAUUUAUGGAUCUUAUGACAAAAUCUGUCUUCUAUGUCAGCAACACAAUAAAUGGUUCCAUGGAGAUCAUCUUAUUAUUCUGUUCCUUUUUUAUUACUACUAUAUUUUCAUUCGUAGGAUUGACAUAUUAUCAUGUUUUUAAGGAUUGGAUCACAAAAGAUGCAGGCCAAGUGAAAGACAUAAUAGGCCACAGCUUUUCUGCACAUCCCAUGGUACAUGCAUGUACUCCAUCCCCCCGGUACAUUCAUGUAUCCUUUUUCUUAAAAGAAGUUAACGGAUCCUAGCGAUAAAGAGUUGUAUAUCAGUGAAUUGUAAUAAUAUAUUUUUUUAAAUAUAUA